AACAUCCAUUUCAGACUCUAGUUAUAAUUUAAAGCGAGAACUUUGCGCUUUAACAUUUCCGUUGCGGCAGGCAUCACGCGCAAAACUUUUUUGUGGUGGCUCAACGAACAUUUGACUGAAAAGAGUUGAAGUGUAAACAUUGUGAUUUUAAUUUCAAUCAAACUUCAAGUGAUUACAAAAUUUUAAAAUCCAUCUGUGAUACGAGAAAAAUAAAUUAAAUUAAAUAAAAUGAUUGAUAAGAAAUCAGCAAAUAGUGUCGUGGUAUUUUUCAUCCUGUGCAUUGGAUUUGUGACCAGCAUUGACUUGCCUGACACAUUUUUGAAAUGCCAGAGAGAUGAAAACUUUGACAAGUGUCUGGUGGAAGCAGUAAACAAGGCGCUACCAAUUUUGAAAGAUGGAAAUGAAGAGUUUGGUAUUCCUGUCCUUGAACCUUUGGAAGUGAAGAGCUUGGUUGUUGAUGCUGGCACUCCUCCUAUUAACCUCAAACAAACUCUCAAGGAUGUUAAGAUCUAUGAUUUAAUUAGUACCAGUAGAGUCACCAAAUACCGAACUGAUUUGGAUAAAUAUCUGAUAAUUUGUGACAGUAAAACAGACAGAAUGCAAAUCUUCGGCGAUUACACAAUGACCGGAAGGAUAUUACUAUUGCCAAUCACAGGAAACGGAAAAGCAAACAUUACUUUGGUCAACACCAAAAUUGAACAUCGUUUAAUUGGUGAACCCUACGAAAAAGAUGGCGUCAAAUAUAUGAAAUUGAAAGAUUACAAAAUUGAAUUCCAUCCAAAACGUGUCUACAUGAAUUUUGAAAAUCUAUUCAAUGAUAAAACUCUCUCGGAAACAAUGAACAGAUUCUUAAAUGAUAAUUGGGAGACAGUUUUUAGUGAGCUGAAAAUUGGCUAUCAAAAGAAUAUGGGAAAGAUCUUUAGAGAUUUGUCCAAUAAGAUCUUUACAAAAGUACCUUUUGAUAGAAUAUUUUUAAGUUAAGUAAUUUAUUUGUAUAACAUAAUUGGAAUUAAGUUGUUCCAAUUAAAUAUUUUGUAUAAUACUUAAUUUUACUAUUUCUUACAAGUAAGAAAUCACAUUGUCAUUGUUGUUCAUCGUUAUUAAAUAAGAAGUAUUAGGCACGAGAGAUAUUUUAUACUCUUAUCAUCAUUAUCACUUUAUUUUAAGAUAAAAUAAUUUAAACAAAAUGUGUUGGCUGAAGAAAUAUAAAUUGUUUAUGAAGUUUAA